CCUACCCCGUGUAGCAUGUAGCAGUUAGAGCAGAUCACCGUCACCAGGUUUGAGGUCCGGAGGGGAAGAGCCACCGAGUUACAGCUCCCCUGACACGACUCACAGGAGGUAGUAAGAUCGAAGGCUACACUAGACUUCUCAGGCGGCGGACUACCAUCACAUCAACGCUCCAUUACCCAUCAAGCAGCAGCCGCAGCAGCAGUAGACUGCAUCAGGGGCGUGCCAUGGUGAGCAGAGGGGCCAGCAGCAGAGGGGGUGUGGGCGCAAGAGGCAGUGUUGUGGUGAUGGUGGCGGUGCUGGCGGCCGUGGUGGUCCUGCUGGUGCCCGCACGAGCCAUCAACCCUCAGUCUACCUUAGAGUGUCACCGUCGACAGUAUACCUAUAAGGUGCACAAGACCGACGACGAGGGCCGCAUCUGCUGGGACUUCAUCAACGUUAUGAGCUGCUGGGGGCGCUGUGACUCUAACGAGAUCGCCGACUGGAAGUUCCCGUACAAGAGGUCCCACCACCCAGUGUGUAUGCACGAGGAGACGCAGCUCACUGUGGUGACGCUCGGAAACUGUGAAGACAACGCUGCACCCGGGACGGAGACCUACUCUUACCACGAAGCGACUCGCUGUGCCUGCUCCGUCUGCAAGACAUCGGAGGCGUCGUGCGAGGGUCUGCGUUACCGAGGUGCCCGCAGAGCUCCGCGCGCCGAGGUGCCCCGGGGUUGAGUACGCCUCAUGGGAGACAAAAUCCGGGAUAUCAAGACCCUAGCCUCUAUCGCUGCCGGAUAUUCUCUGUCUGGAACUGAUGUCCAAGAGGAUUCACCUUUUAAAGAUCUGUCAAGGAUAAAGAAAGAUUUAUUUUUGAAAUAAAGAAUAAACCUCUCACUGUACCUGAAACGAAACUCAUAAGAAAAAUUUCGACGAGGAAAGAAAAUAAUGUUGUAGCGGUUAGGGUCUAGAUAUCCAAGCUGGCCAUCUUCCCAUACACCCACUCCCGACACAUCUCUAAAGACGACUACUUCUAGAUAUCUAAGACUCAGUUGUUUACUUAACACCUAUGUUAAACGGCAUAACGUUAAUAACUGCAGCUAACAGGCAUUUUAAUAUGACAAACAAGUUACAUAGCUCCCGGAAGUUCAGCAUCUAUGUUAAUCUUAUCCUCACUUCAAGGCCUCAUAUAAACAAAGCCCUGUAGUGAGCAUACGAUACGAAGGCUUAAAGGACGCAUAAUCAACCCGCAAUGAGACUUGCAUAUCAGUGUUCAAGUUGGUUACAUAAGUUUUUUAAAUUCAGUUUUGGCAAUAAAAUGUGGUCAGGAAUGAUCAUGAUACUGUGUAAAGCUGUUGUGGUGGACUACACUAAGGGAUGAUCCUGUUGAGAGGGUGGAACAUUUUUAUUUGUUUUUUCAUACCCGGAGGCAAUAGAGGCUGAGUCAUAUGCAUGGAGGUGUAUUAUUUGACAUUCAAAUUUUGCAUCUUAUUCGUUAGGACAUUAUUUAGGCACAUCGACCCCUGGUUGUGCAUAUGCAUAUUUUUGUUUGAAUAAAAAAAAUACGUGAUUUAUACAUGAUCAGUGACACCAGUUUGACUGCUCUUAAGAUGGUAAAAAAUGUGGUGAAAGACACGACCAGGCGUUGAAAACUAUAUGCAGUCAGUAACAAAACAAACUUGCUUUGUUUCUGGACAAUAACAAGACUUUUAUUUUAUUUCAUAAUUCUAUAAUUAAUGUAACUUUGUGUGAUACUGUUUGUCUAUUGUAACCUUGAGUAUUAAUUAACCUUAAUUUAAGAACAAAUGUCAAUUAUAAGGAAGAUAUGAUUAAGGAUGUUUUUUGUUAUUAUUUUCUUGUCAUUCCAAUGUUCCUGAGAUCUGGUACUAUAUAUGUUGUAUUUUAGACUGGUAAAAAUUAUGUCAUUACACAGUAGAUCCUUUUGUUCCGUUCGUGAUGACGUCAUGUAUUGUCCUCUGGGCGUGAGCCACUCCCAUGCUUGCAGAUCCGAGAUUCAAUAAAUGUCUUCAAGGAAGUAUUAGCUAUUUUUGUAAAUAAAUCCGCAAUAACC